AUGAGCCCCAGAGAUGGAGAACGCACAGACUAUGCCUACCCCCAGAAGGCCCGUCCUCCGUGUGGGUCCCAGACAAGCAGCAGUGCCAGGAGGGUGGAGCAGCAUGCAGGAGCCCGGACGCCAGGAGCCCCAGACACACGGAUUUUCAAACCAAGCUCCAAUAAACAGCUCUGCCAUCACCCAAUCACUGCCACCACCCAGAGCACCCAGCCCUGUUACCACCCCAAGUGGUCCAAGCCCCUGUCUUGGCUUUGCUCACUAUUGACACCUAUCACCUACCACCCAACCACCCAUCCAUCCUUGUGCCCCUCUGUUAAAUACAUAAUAUUUCACUUUCUCAAAAAUAUUUGA